AUGAAACCUCUAAAAUUCUUCCUUCUUGCAUUGGCCCUUCCUUCCAUAAUCAAUCUCUCAUUGAAAUCCGUCUCCGGAAUUCGAAAUCUCGGUGCAGCAGACGAUGCUAACCGGCGAAUUCUCCACCAGCCAUUGUUUGCAGCGGGACCACCUGCCCCGCAGGCACCGGCAAUGCCCAGUCCAAAACCCAAUCCGCCAUUCUUCCAUCACGUUCCACCGGCACCGGCGAGACUCGAUCACCCAGAAACUCCCAUCGUCACCCCUACCAUUCUCUCCACGCCAUUUCAGCCACCAGAUCGACCAGGCCACCAAAUCAGAACAAUCGUUAUUGCGGUCUCCGUCUCAAAUGCUGCGUUGGUUCUGCUUUUGGCAUUGGCAUUCUUCUUAUAUCAACGGCGGCGGAAUACGCAUACUGCUAACUCCAAUAGGCUUGUUGGCAAUGAUUCCCAACAGGUCCCACAAGUGGCAGCCAUGGCCGCUGCUUCCAGCUUUAUCCGCUCUGAUACAGUGGAACCAAGCAUAGGCGAGCCUUCGAAUGCAGCUUCUUAUCAAAUGCCGAACAAAGUCCAUAUGCGGGAUACACGGCAGCCAAGCCCGGAGCUUCAACCGAUGCCACCGCUUGCUGGGCCACCUAACCGGGCGCCGCCUCCAAUCCCGUCGGAUGAGGAGACUUCAUUCUACUCUCCUCAUGCCUCGGAUGUCAUGAUUGGUGAGAGUCCUUUCUCACCAAUUUCACAUCCCAUAUUUCCGGCUGCUGCCGCUCCAAUUCAGGACUCGGACUCAACCGCUCAAUUUCAAGGAGUUUCUUUGAAAACCCAUCUUUCAGAUUCCUCUUCCCACGUCGAACAAGUCGUUACACCACCACCGCAUAUACAACAGUCCCAACUUCGACACAAAGCUGAAAUACUGUCGCCUCUGAAUUGGAAGGAGAAAUAUCAAACACCACCUUCACCGCCGCCUGACUUAGUGCUGCCGCCUUUGGUAGACAAUCCAGUCCCACAGGAAGAAGAAAGCUUGGGUCCACUAGGGGAGAAUCCCAGGCCGUCAGAAACAUGGGUCCCACGGAUGCCUGAUCGACGGUUGUCUAGGCCUCCUUCCUUGACUGUAUGGAUAGAAACACCAGACCCUUCUGUAGAGGAUAAUCAUGGAACGAGUUCAUCAUAA